GCUGGAAACCCCGUACUGACUGCGAAUGGACCCAAGAUGGCGGAAUACUCACAGCGGGACUAGUUAGCAAUUAUCUGAGCAAGACGUCAGGAAUGAAUGGCAUAUAGCAUUGUGCUGUAUCGCAUAAUCCUAGUUUAAUAGCACGAUUAAAACUUCUUGAUUCGGCUAUUCAAGAGGAUGCGUGAAUACAAUUAUGGAGAGCGCGGUCUCUCCGCGGCCCCGAGCCAGAACAUGGCGGAACACUUCGGGCAGAAAUAGCGGCUAACACUUUAGCUUGGUGCCGUUAUUAUUCAGACCCAGAUAAAAUUAUUGCCUUGUUAGAUGACGCGCCGUUUUUAAAAUACGGACUUGGAGUAAUGUAAUCGGUAUAGGAAUAUGAUAGUUUCUCUUCAACUGGCUAUUUUGAACAUUGGAUAUGUGGCUCGUAAGUACUUAGCACACUUGCUAUCCAGUUUGCUCGAUAGCGUUAGUGGCUAACGUUGCCCUCAAGUGUACAAACUGUACUAAUAGGAAGGUGCCGUGUUUGUAAAGGUAGUGUUUGGUAACAGGUGGGCUUAUUCUAAAUAUUCCAAUUUUCACUGUAGGUUGUUCGGUUAAUGUGUUUUUGUUGCCAUUGCCCUCAGCAAUGUAAAUUAGUCGCUAGCUUUCUAUCAUGGUCUGCAAUCUGAUUUUGUGUAGUUUGUUGUCUGCGAACAUGGUAAGAUAAGUUCUGAAACCGUCCCCUUAACAUCACCCGGUAUCGUAGGGUCGACAGCGAUAUUGAUCUGGGGUUUUCCUCUAGAUGCCCAUCCAGGUACUUCUCAGUUAAAUAAUUUGAUAAGCUGUGUUAUACAAGUAACCUGAACGUUGUGGCGUUACGACGUGAAACAGACAACACAUAAAAGCCAACGGGAAGUCUCUUUUCGCCAUCACAAUCACCUGCCACGAUGACGGACACUCGUCGGCGAGUUAAGGUCUAUACCCUGAAUGAGGAGAGGCAGUGGGAUGACCGUGGCACCGGGCACGUCUCCUCGGCGUACGUGGAGCGAUUAAAAGGGACAUCUCUACUUGUGAGAGCUGAAAGCGAUGGUUCCCUUUUGUUAGAGUCAAAAAUCAACCCAAACACAGCAUACCAGAAACAACAGGACACCUUGAUAGUAUGGUCAGAAGCAGAGAAUUAUGACCUGGCACUUAGUUUCCAAGAAAAGGCUGGCUGUGAUGAAAUCUGGGAGAAAAUUUGCCAGGUCCAGGGGAAAGACCCAUCAGUGGACAUCACACAGGAUGUCGUGGAUGAGUCUGAGGAGGAGCGCUUUGAUGACAUGUCAUCACCAGGUCUGGAGUUACCACCGUGUGAACUCAAUCGCUUGGAGGAUUUGGCUGAGCUUGUGGCAUCAUCACUGCCGUCUCCGCUGCGGCGCGAGAAACUGGCAUUAGCUGUCGAGAACGAGGGCUACAUCCGCAAAAUCCUGGAACUGUUCCGCAUGUGUGAGGACUUGGAAAACAGAGAGGGACUGCACCACCUUUAUGAAAUAAUUAAAGGCAUCUUCCUGCUCAAUCGCACCGCACUCUUUGAGGUCAUGUUCUCUGAGGAGUGCAUCAUGGACGUCAUUGGUUGUUUGGAGUUUGACCCAGCUCUCCCACAGCCGCGACGGCACCGGGAGUUCCUCACUAAAACUGCCCGCUUUAAGGAGGUUAUCCCCAUCUCCGAUCCAGAACUGCGUCAGAAAAUACACCAGACAUAUCGGGUGCAGUACAUUCAGGACAUGGUGCUGCCCACGCCCUCUGUGUUCGAGGAGAACAUGCUGUCCACCCUGCACUCCUUCAUCUUCUUCAACAAGGUGGAGAUCGUGGGCAUGCUUCAGGACGAUGAGAAGUUCCUGACAGACCUCUUUGCACAGCUAACAGAUGAGGCUACUGAUGACGACAAAAGACACGAACUGGUUAAUUUCCUUAAGGAAUUUUGUGCUUUCUCACAAACAUUACAACCUCAAAACAGAGACGCCUUCUUCAAGACAUUGUCAAACAUGGGCAUUUUACCGGCACUUGAGGUCAUUCUGGGAAUGGAUGACGUUCAGGUGCGUGGGGCAGCCACAGAUAUCUUCUCUUAUCUGGUGGAGUACAACCCCUCCAUGGUACGAGAGUUUGUCAUGCAGGAGUCUCAGCAGAACGAUGAUGAUAUCCUCCUGAUCAACCUGAUCAUCGAACACAUGAUCUGCGAUACUGACCCAGAACUAGGUGGGGCCGUGCAGCUGAUGGGCCUGCUACGAACUCUGGUAGACCCCGAGAACAUGCUGGCUACUGCAAAUAAAACGGAAAAGACAGAGUUUCUGAGCUUUUUCUACAAGCACUGUAUGCACGUUCUCUCUGCCCCACUUUUGGCCAACACCACUGAAGAGAAGCCCAGCAAAGAUGACUUCCAAACAUCUCAGCUGCUGGCUUUGAUUCUGGAGCUGCUAACGUUCUGCGUUGAGCACCACACCUAUCACAUCAAGAACUACAUCAUUAACAAGGACAUUCUCAGGAGGGUACUGGUGCUCACAGCCUCACAGCAUGCGUUCCUGGCUUUAUGUGCCCUGCGCUUCAUGCGGAGGAUCAUCGGUCUGAAGGAUGAGUUCUACAAUCGUUACAUCAUGAGGAACUUUCUCUUUGAGCCUGUGGUUAAGGCCUUCCUCAACAACGGGUCUCGCUACAAUCUCAUGAACUCAGCCAUCAUUGAGAUGUUUGAGUAUGUCCGUGUGGAGGAUGUGAAGUCUCUCACCGCUCAUAUAGUGGAGAACUACUGGAAGGCGCUGGAAGACGUCGACUACGUCCAGACGUUCAAAGGCCUGAAACUGCGAUACGAGCAGCAGCGGGAGAGACAGGACAACCCCAAACUGGAUAGCAUGCGAUCAAUCCUGAGGAACCAUCGUUUCCGCCGCGACGCCCGGUCUCUGGAGGACGAAGAGGAAAUGUGGUUCAACACGGACGAAGACGAUUUGGAGGAUGGCGAGGCGGUGGUACCUCCCUCAGACAAGAUGAAGACGGAGGAGGACCUCAUGGAACCAAUAAGCAAAUUCAUGGAGAGAAAAAAAUUGAAAGACACAGACGAAAAAGAAGUUCUGGGGAAGUCCAGCUUGUCAGGAAGACAGAACCCCAGCUUCAAGCUCUCCUUCUCCGGCUCCACUAAAACCAGCCUGUCCAGCCCCCCAUCGUCUGCCUCAUUGAAUCCUGGAUCCCCGGGUUCACCUGGGUCACCGGGCUCUGGGGCACGCAGCUCACCCUCCACCACCACGGUCACCACGAAGGGAGGUUUAGUGGGACUGGUGGACUAUCCUGACGAUGACGACGAGGAGGAAGAGGAAGAGGAGGAUGGAGAGAGUAAAGACGAACCGUUGCCACCUUCCAAGAAGUCCAAACUGAGCUCCUAAGGAGGCGUGGCUGUCUCUGCUCGUGCUCUGCUCGAACAGUAUCAGUGCUUAGACUUUACACAAGAAUGAUCAAACUGGUAAACAAAACAAAAACAAAAAUGAACGAGGGCGCGCCACACUCCUCCGUCAGCAGGCGGCCAAUUGAGGAACAGACUGUGAAUGUGUGGGAAAGCCUCCUCUAAAUAGUUCAAGACUCGUUUAUACAAGUGCCAAUCAGGAGAACCAGUAACGCCUGCAGAGUAGAACGUACGAGCGAGUGACAGCCGCGGGGGGGACAAGGUCGCACUUGGAAGAUAUUUGGUAAACGAGGAGCGUUUGGAACUGAGCGGAGUUUGGUUAAAAAAAACAACAGCAACUCGAGGAAAAGACCACAUGCCGGAACACGUACAAGCAGACUAAAAUCCCAGAGAAGAGCCGUCAGGCUCGGAACAUAGCCCACUGCCCCCCGCCCCUCACUCAGGGAAGGACAUCACAGCGGCCCACUCGGGUCAGCCAAUUCAGACCCAGAACCACAAAACGCACCCACUCCCACUGCUCAGAAUCCUCUCUCUCUGCUCUUUCUCCCUCCUUGUUUUGUCUGUUGAUUUUCAUCCCUUUCUUGUUCCAGUUCGUUAUGUUUCUAAGUUAGUACAUAGGACCAGACGGUAGGCAGCGGGUGACAAAGAGCUGUCUUUGUACUUAUUUGAUGAUGUCAUCAGUUUCAUCGUUCCUCAGCGGAUGUUCUUUCUCUGACUAGAGAGCAAAAAAAAAGCCAGCAGUUUCUUCAUGUUUUUUCUCCUCUGUUCCCUUUUUUAUUUGUCUCCUGUUUCUGUUUGGAAAUGAAAAAACACAAAAAAGACCUGCCUUUAAAUGUUCAGGACGUUUUCAGUCACACUUGAACAGGUUUUUUAAAAAAAGACCUCAGUAGGUGAGCUAGUUUUAUCCUUUUUGCCCUUUGAAACUGCAGAUUUUUUGGAGAAUUUGUAAUCCCGUCUUGAUUAAAGAUUGAGUGGAAUUCUAGAUGUGAUUUUUUUUGUCAUAUCUUUUUUUGUUUUCAUUUUACAUGAGUGUACACUUAGUUGUUCAGAAUAUUUGGGACCAUUAAAAAUGUUCUUUGCUGUAAGGUG